GGUGGCACCUUGGUGCAUCACACUUUAGAACGCACUCGCAAUGUGACAACAAACCGACUGACAAGUUUGAGUAACGGAGAGAAGCCGGAAUCGUUAAAUGAACAUUCAGAUGUCAAUAUAAUUAUUUUCUAAACUUUCAAUCGAUUCAAGGAACAAAUAACGGCGUACAGCGAACAUGGCCAAACAUCAUCCUGAUUUGAUUUUUUGUCGGAAGCAACCAGGAGUCGCUAUCGGUCGGCUGUGCGAAAAAUGUGAUGGCAAAUGCGUUAUUUGCGAUUCCUACGUGAGGCCUUGCACCCUGGUCAGAAUAUGCGACGAGUGUAAUUACGGUUCUUAUCAGGGACGCUGCGUGAUAUGCGGUGGUCCCGGCGUGUCGGAUGCAUAUUAUUGUAAAGAGUGCACGAUACAAGAAAAAGAUAGAGAUGGCUGUCCCAAAAUUGUUAAUUUAGGAAGCUCAAAGACAGAUCUCUUCUACGAAAGAAAGAAAUAUGGAUUCAAAAGAAGAUAAUCAUUCUUUUUUCACAUAAAACUUUUUCUAGAUAUAGUGAUACAAGAGCACCAGCCUCGUAUCGAACCAUUUGAAGUCUAUAACACCCAUCUUCAUCCUGCGUGUAGUGAAAGCGUUUAUGUCCACUGGGCAGUUGCAAUUGAUGGGCUUCUAUAAGAUGUUUCGUCAGUCUGUAACUCUUUCGAUAUUUAAUCGGGCAUUCGUGGCAGCAGUACCAUCGUACCGCUAAACCAUGUACUCUUUCUACGUGCCUGUAACAUAUUCAACAAUUGUCAAAUAAAGAAUUGCAAAACUGAU